CUGCACCGCAUUGGCCCGCAUGCGCUCUGCGCAAGAAAGCGGUCGUCCCGGGACAACAAUUUUGAAUUUCGUGUUUCGGUUGCCUGCAAUCUGCAAGAGAUUGAGGUGAGGUCAGAGGCAGAGCUGCUUUUAUCCUCUGCCUGCCUUUUGCUGGAUUAGCGGGCAGCUACUGCCUGUUCUUGCUCAUUUACCGCCCGAACUAUGGCUUCCUCCUGCGUCCUGCGCAGUGCCUUUGGCGUGCGCAAUGCUGCCCUCUCGCCGACCCCCAUGUCCCAGUCUCAGGUCCAGGCACGUGCAAUUUGCGCCGCCCCUGCGCUGGUUGGAAAGAAGAGCUUGCCCCAGGUCAGAGCUAUGAGGUCCUCUUCUGCUGAGUCAGCAUUCGGUUCCUCUAGGCAGCUUCUUGGAGCCAGGACCCUGCCUGCGCAGAUUCAAGCUAGCAGGUCUCAGCAGAAAGCCACAGGAGCCACUGGUGGCGCCCUUUCUUCCCAAGCUGCAUACCCUGCCAUCUUUGGCUUGGCCCCUGACACCCUGCAAUGGAUUUUCACUGUCGCCUCUACCGCACUCAUGUUCCGGCUGCUUCCCCCAGUCUCCCACGCCCUCCUCGUCCCCGCUCUCUUCUUGAACCUCCCAGCAAGGGUCGUGGAAGUCAUGAAGCAAGAAGCAGGGGCGUGGGUAGCAGUUGCCCUUGUGGUCCUGAAGCUGUUCUCAUCUCAAGUCCCCAAGGCUUUCGACCUGCCUCUGGCAGUCCUCCUGAGCAUCAUCAUUGCUCCGUAUGAGCUGCUCAGAUUCCGUGGCACUCAGGGGGCAGGAAUUGUGUCUCUAGCGAUUGGCAUCUACAUUGCCUACGACCAUGUGACCGCCAACAAAGGUGUUGACAACACGAUGAGAUCUGACGUGUUGCCAACGACUUUCGCUAUCGCUCUUGUCUUGUUGAUCCCAGCCGCUUUUCUGUUCGGCGCCUACGCCUAGUCCAAUAAGUUGAUUGAAAUGGCACCUGUUUGGUUACUAUAGCUUCUGGUUCUCUGCAACAUGUAGAUACCAUAAGAUAGAACAAGGGCUUCAAUCCUCAGGGUCUACCAGUGUUUGAAGACCAAACAUCAAUAAAGCAUCGACUAGUAUGGGCCUCCUUACAACACAUUGCUUUCAUGAGCACGCAGCCUUUGUUUUAGAAGGGCAACCAGUACAUAGCCUUGUAGAUAGACCUGUUGUAAGUGUUUGUGAACAAUCGUAUAGGGACUCCGCGAGUUGUACUCGCCUAAGCCAGCUGGAAGGGAAAGGAGCACAGGUAAUUUUAGUCCCUCCCUUUGGUGUCACUUGAAUUCUUGAGUCUGAUGCAGUUAGUUCUUUGCACAGUUGCAAGAUUCGGAUCAACUUUGCUCCAGGCAGCUUAAUUGCAAUUGCGGGCCUGCGGGCCACCAUGAGCAGCAAUUAACCAGGCAGAAUGUUCAUGCAUCG